CAUUGAACUCCCACAUGGACUCCUUCAUACGCACGAUCUGGUGAAUUCGUUACACUCAGUCCAUCCUGUUCAUGUGGUGCGUGGAUUCUGCCGAUAUUUCUCGCCAUCAAGAAAGACACCUGAAGAAGAACAUAUAACAGAUCAACAAUGAGUGGCAAAAUACCACAUCGUGAUGUCGGGCCCUUCAUCCAAUUUUUACGGUCAAAAUGGAUGAGAGGUAGAAAACACGUAAAUCAUAUAAGGUGGGCGGACGACAUUGCUGCACGUACUCAGCCUCCUCCAGAUCUUCCUGGUGGACCUUAUCACAAAACAACCAAGAUUUACUACUUGACGAGAGAUGCAAGACGUCUCGUUGAACCCCCAGAGAUUAUUGCAUUAGGGAAGAAACAAAUUACUGCUGGAUCUGCUGUUACAACCGAGCUGAAAUCAAUAACUCCAAAUGCUGCUUACAAUCCCAAAUUGGUCGAUCCUCCAAAGCCAGUUUUUGCCGACGAGAUUGGAGCAUAAAUCGUAAUGGAAUCUAAGUAAUAACUAGACUGUAAAUUUCAAAUGUAGAAAAUACAAACAAUAAAUAAUUAUUUACUUCUAAAUAUUCAAAUACAUAA